CAAGUUAUCACUUUAUAUAGUAUACAAGCAAUAAUACCGUAGUAGUACAAAAUAGUAUGUUCAAAAUGUCAAACUAGAUUGUAUUUGUUUUAGGCUAGUGGUCUAUAUAUUAUUGUAGUUGUUGCAGUAAUACAAUGAAGGUAAUCUACGCUGGCUACAGUAAAAUUGGCACCAAAACCAUAGCGGCUGUAUUCAAUGAGUUUGGCUACAUCACGUAUGAUCUGUUCGAGAACUCUCAUUAUCUUGGUAAGGAUUGGGUUAAAAUAAUCAAUGAAGGGGGGACAGUAGAAGACUUUCAAAGAAUGUACGAAGGUGUGGACGCUGUGCUUGACGUACCAAGUCAUAUAUUCUGGGAGGAAAUUUUGGAAGCUUUCCCGGACGCAAAGAUCAUAUUUUCCAUGCGGGAAGAAGAAUCAUGGCUAUCUAGUAUGAAGAAGCAGACACGUUCUAUUGCAUCUGAACCGAUGUAUGUUUUAAUGCAGUUGUUAUCCUAUUCUGGCUGGUGUCACUUUAAGUUUAUGCGGGCAUGUGGACAGAUCAUGCUCGGCUCAUCAAUGAACUGGCCUUGGAGUUCAAUCAAGUAUAACCCAACAGUAUGGAAGAGAUUAUACAGGAACCACAACAGCAGCGUUCUGCAAAAUGCGCCGAAAGAUAAGUUGCUGGUGUUCAAUUUUAAAGACGGUUGGGAACCAAUCUGUGAAUUCCUGGGAGAGAAAGUUCCAGACAAACCCUUCCCGCACGCGAACAAGGGAGCCUCGCUUUUAAAAGACGCGAUGCAAAGGCACCCGAUUGUGAUCAGAAUAAUGCGAGAAUCGAUGUUUACUCUCGGAGUUGUUACUCUCAUUGGGGCGUAUGGUGGCUACAAGGCUUACCAAAACCCAGCAAGUUUAAACAGCUGGAUCAACGCAGUAGGGACAAGGUUCAAUUUCUGGUGACAGAGUCUUAAGUCUUAAUUUUAAAAACAUUUGAUCAACUCAAGCGUGUAUUGCAUCACGGUCUAUACUACAGAUAUCUGUAGUAUAGGCCGUUACUUUGUCAAUAAUAAAUACCUUUCGUUCUGGUAUAA